GGCUAUCAGCUAUCACAAAUGAUACGCACUGUCCGGACGGAUUUUGGAAAGAUGAUGAGCUAACGUGGGAAAAUUCAACGGCCAUUCCAACGCGAAUCGCAGAGUAUGAACAGUUUGUCAAAGCGAAGGAAUGGACUUCGGGGAAAUCAGAUGACAAACCCGUAUUCAUAACCGGUGCAUCUUCAAAUCAUUUUCAAGAGAUGAUUGAAAUGUUGCAAAAUUUUAAUGAUCUACGACAACGCUUGCAUAGAAACUGGAUGCUUUAUUUUUUUAAUUUAGGUUUAUCAGCCAAGGAAGUAGAAGAGGUGCAAAAGGUGUGUAACUGCACAAUAAAAAGGUUCCCCUUUAAUCAAUAUCCCGAGCACUGUAAGCAUUUACACGGAUAUGCCUUCAAGCCGUUAGCUAUUGAGAUAAUCGCUAGGAAGCACAACUUUGUUGUUUGGAUUGAUGCUUCUGUCAGAUUCAAACAUGCCGAUGUAAACAUACUUCUUGACAAAGGGAAAAACGUUGGGGUGAUUGUCACACAAGGAGGUGGCUCUGUUGCUCGACGAACGCUACCAUCGAUGUUUCAGUACUUUGACACGUAUCCAUGUCGGUUCCGUACUUUGCCAGAAUUGCAGGGCGGAUUUCUUAUAUUUUACAUGGACCCGUUAAUUAUCCAUCGCAUAUUUUGGCCUUGGAUACGAUGUGCCCUCGAAUUUGGCUGCAUGGUGCCGGAUUUGAAUCCGGAAAGGUAUUUAAGGUGUAACAGAUGUGGAAAUGUGUUUGGUGAGUGCCAUCGAUUCGACCAAUCAGCACUUAGCAUCUUGUUAUAUACUGUGUAUGGAAAACAUAUAAGUGAGCAUACAAUACACUACAGUGAAAAUAUGUAUAUGUAUUUUCAUCGUUAGUUGAUUGCUAUUAACAUCUGUACUCAUUUCAAGCAUCCAUAAUUUAAAGCUGGACGUUGAAAAACAACACGACCGAAAUAGAAUGCAAAUACAGAUGGUUAGAAUAAGGC